AUGGUUUAUUUCAAACGAAAGUCUGUGCCUGUACCCCAGCCAACCCAUCUGCCGACCGACCCAGCUUGCCCGGUCUGGGUCAUCGAGCCGACUCUGGAGUACUUUGUGAGCUACGACAAAUACCUGGAGAGGAUGGACUUUUACAACCAAAAACGGUUUAUCUGUGAGUUGACGGGCACUUCGUGCCUCACUUUUCUUGAAGCGCUGGCAAUGGAAGCCAGAGAGAGUGAAAUCAUCGUCAAGUCGUUUCCCGAGGCCUUGCGCGAGCCCAUCUUGCGCCACGUCCAGUUUUCGACGAUGUCUCGACUGGAUCAGCUGGUAGACCGCAUCUACGUCAAGAUGCAGCAUGAAUACUAUCCUGGUGAAACCGUUUACUAUCGUUUCCGCGAUCACAAAACAAAGUGCGUGGUCAAAGAAAGGGCUACGCCGGCUCCGGGAUCCGACCCCAAAGCAGAGCCAGAGUAUUUCUUGCAAAUGACAAAAGAUCUCGUCAGUCCGUCCCAGACGCCUGCCAGUAAGCUCAGUCGAGACCGCAGGGCCUUUUCAAAACUUACCAUCCGCACAUUCAUCAAACACGCUGCUUCUCGUGAAAACUGGGCUGGAGCACCUUGGAUUGUGCGCCCCGAGUACGUUGCGCAAUACAACUUGCCAAACGAAAUGCCUGCCUCUAUCAAAGCGCUUGUCGAUCAACGCUCGAGCGGAUCCGCUAUCAACGGCGCCUCCAACAGAAGGCAAACAUCGCACCGGCAAGCAACUCCCAGCAGCCCCGCUUCAAUUCAAGCCUCCACCAAAGGGGGCAUUACCGCCGACACACCGGAGCCCCGGAAACGUCGUAGUAAUAAAAAUGCCGUGACCUUGUCGGAGGACCUCGCGUUGGCGGUCACUCGACAGGUCGCUGAAAGUCCAAUGCCCGAGGAGCCUUGGCCGCAAUGGACGGUUGCUGAUGAAGACACCCAUGUGAUUGGUCCCUUACUAGAAAUUUGGUCCUUUAUCACCACCUACAGCGAUUUGCUCUACUUGGAGCCUAUUCAAUAUGACUUUUUUGUUUCUGCACUCAAGGGAGAGGGUCAGGAGAGCAUUCUCAGUGAGAUUCAUCCCGCUCUUCUCACUCUGCUUGUUGAUGAAGAUGAAGAUGUUCUUGCUUUCAGCUUGCCCACCCAAGAUGAACCGGCUCGUCGCCGAGGUCGCAAGCGCCAAAAGGUUGCAGCCAGUCUUAGCACUGACACACCCUCUAGUCAAAACGGCGAUGAUUCAGGAUAUCCCAGCGAAGAAGAAAGUGGUAAUGAAGCUCAGAGUGAUAACGAUCAGGCUGAGGAAGAAAUUACCAACAAUGCCGGUGAGUACGUUGAGAUCGCCGACCGGUCUUGGUUAGAAAUCAUCGGCAAACGUCAGUUCGGUGGUGGCGGCUGGCAACAGGCGCUGAUUUCAUUGCUGUAUUAUCUUGACUAUAUGCGAGAGUGGAAGGAUGAUAUUGAGGAGGCCCUCGCUAUUCUUGCUCCGUUGAACCGCGAAGGGACUUUGCUUAAUGCCAUUCGGGGCUACGAGGAGCUCCCCUUCCGCCUUCGUGUUGCUUGCUUGCGUAUCUUAUGCCGCACUUUAUACACCUCUCCGCCAGUGCGUCAAUUUAUGGAGAAGCGCAAUGAGGAGGUUUCCCGUGCUCGUAAACUUCGCACUGAACGGUUUAGAGAACUGCGACAAGCUCGUGAUAACCACAAGGCUGCUUUAGAGCUCAAAAGCAACCUUCUUCUCGCUGGCGAUGGUGAAUCCGAAGAAGCCCUCAUGAAAAUCUCCGACGAUUUUGCUCAUGCGGUUGAGCGUGAGAAGGAUCUAUUGAAACUGGUUGAGGAAUCGGAAGAGGCAGCUGAAGAGGUUAAAAUUGAGCCACCAUCUUUUGAUGUUCACAGAAUCAAGCUCUUGGGUAAAGAUCGGUUCUAUAAUCGCUACUGGUGGAUGGAGGGCGCUGGACUUAGAUCUAUUGACGACUCUACAGACCCUAGUUCUUUCUCAUAUCUUAUGGGCCGUCUAUGGGUACAGGGACCAUCGAGUGAGGACUUUGCGGUUUUUAUUUCGAGCAAGGACGCUGACGCUGAGCUGACUGUAGUCAAGCAAAAGGCUGCAGAUGAGAUAACUGAAGUAAAGCGUGCGGCAGAGCGCGCAGCUGUCGAAAGAGCAGGUAUUGCCGCUCGAGCAAUUGCUCGUGCCAAGGCCCUUCAUGAGGCUGCUCGGCUACGAGAGCGGGAACGUGAGGAAGAAAGGCAACGUGAGCUUGAAGCCGAGCGUCAACAACGAGAAAAAGAAGCAAAACAGAUCGAGGAGAGGGAGGCAAAGCUCGAAGCAGAGCGCCAACAGACUCAAGCUGCAUCAAACAUCACUCCCCCGAACGCCAAGCAACCUGUUCAAGGCGUAAUUGCUUCGCAAAACUUUCCGCAGCAAGCGUGUGCCCAGCCCAUGGUCAUGCAGCAGCAAAUGGGCCAACAGCUACCAGGUGUUCCAAUCAUGUUGGGCUCUGGUGGGCAGCCAAUGUAUCAAUUUGUCCCUGGCCAACCCCCUAUGAUGGGCUUGCCCGACCCCAUGCACAACCAGCCGCCAAUGAUGCAAAUGAUGCCGCAGAUGGUUGCAAUGCCUGGGCAGCCCAUGCAAAUGUCAUUCGUUCGGCCCCAGGGUAUAAUGUAUCAAACGCAAUAUGGAAUGGUCAUGUAUCCUCCAGGCAUGAUGCCUGUUCAGUAUCCUUAUGGGGGAGCCCCCAUGAUGAAUGGACAGAUGCCCAUGCCGAUGAAUGGGAUGCCAAAUUAUCAAAUGACACCUAUGCCGAUGGCGAUGCCGCCUCCUAUUCCUCCUCAAGUGGUUCAGAACGUAUCACCUUCACCUUCGACACCAGCAAAUGCCCCGCCGCUAGUCCAAGCACCGCAGGCAGUCAAUGAGCCAGCAAAAGAAGCUCCAACUGAUGUCGAUGUCAAGGCUGAACCCAAAGUCCAGUCGCCGCCUAUAAAUGGCGAAGGGCAAGCAACUGAUGUGGACACAGAUUCGAAAUUUGUUAGUGCUGAGACUGCAGUCAAGAGCGAGGCUGACGAGGGUGAAUUCGACCGUGAGGCAACAGUCGAGUGCGCUCUUGUGCCAAAGACAGAAGAACCCUCCGAAACGGGCGACACGAUGGAACAAGUAUCACUUGCCAGCGACCAAGUCUCCCAAGAGGAGUUAGCAAAUGAGCCGGUUGAGCCGGUCAAUACACUUGAGCUCAAAAGGAGUGUAGAAGGAGAAACUGUACUGCUAGCUCCUGAUGAAUGGAGAUAUUACUCUACACCCGCUCAACUAGCUGCUCUAGAACGAUACCUUGUUCGCGCCUCUCGUCGGGAGGGUGAACUGGCCGAAGCGCUGCACAAACUGCGACCAGCAAUUAUUGCAAGCUUCGAACAGCGCGAACAGUGGCUCGAAAAGGGCGGGGAGUGGUCUAACACCCUGGCUAUGAAAGAGCUGGGCCACGUUCAUUGCCGCCGCCGACGCGGUCAACGAUGA